AUGGCGACAUCCGAGAACUUGGUCGCUUUGCAGACCGAACAGAGAAAUGCAAAGAGUUUAGACAUUGACCAAAUCCCGACCAUUGAACUCUGCCAAAUCAUCAAUAGAGAAGACGGUACUAUUGCCGAGGCGGUAUCGAGAUGCAUUCCUGUCAUAGCGGCGGCCAUUGAUUGCCUAGCGGAGAGAGUCCAGGCUGGAGGCAGAGUGAUAUAUGUUGGUGCGGGGACCAGCGGAAGGCUGGGUGUCUUAGACGCCUCAGAGAUUCCACCAACAUACUCUGCUCCAGAAGGUCAGUUCGUGGGAAUCAUUGCCGGUGGAGACGCUGCCCUUAGAAAUGCACAAGAAGGGGCAGAAGACGACCUUGAUGCCGCCGUCCGAGACCUUGAAGCACUCCAGUUGAAUGGCACGGUCGACUCAUUGAUCGGCAUCGCAGCGUCUGGACGCACGCCGUAUGUGCUGAGCUGCCUCUCUUAUGCCAAGGGUCUCGGCUGCGCGACAAUCGGUAUCGCCUGUGCACAGCCUUCGGCCAUGAGCACCAGUGGAGUCGUAGAUUUCAUGAUUGAUGCGGUUGUCGGGCCCGAGGUUAUUACGGGAAGCACGAGAAUGAAAGCGGGUACGGCGACGAAGCUGGCUCUGAAUAUGCUCAGCACGGGCACGAUGAUCAAAAUUGGGAAGACGUACGGAAACAUGAUGGUUGAUCUUAAAGCAACAAAUUUCAAACUCCAGCAGCGCUCUCGAAACAUGCUGCGGACGAUCUGUGGCUCUCGAUGUCCCGACUCGGAUGCCAGUUUGGAUGCUCUCCUCGAAAGCUGCCAGGGAAGCGUCAAGCUCGCUAUUGCAACAUUAGGCUUGGGGACUCCAGUGGCAGAGGCGAAACAGCGUCUGGAAGAAGCGGGCGGUAUUCUGGCCAACGUUCUAAAGAAAACUACCAAUGGAUGUUCGAACGGUCAGACAACAGCAAACGGCGAUGCUCCGGAUUAUGUUCUAUGUGUCGAUGGCGGUGGGAGCAAAUGCGCAGCGGUCGUGAUGUCGGCGGAUGGUCAAAGAGGAUAUGGUGAAGGACCAGGUUGCAAUGUGACAGACGUCGGCAUCGAGCCUGCUGUUCUGUCAAUAUCAUUAGCGAUACAAAGGGCAUGGGAUAGGCAUCCAACGGUUAGAACUAGACCAUGGACGUCUGACCGAUUCUCAUCCAUCUGGAUCGCUCUCGCCGGCCAUGACCGCAAGGAAAUCGCAGUCACGGUCGACAGCGUACUGGAGAAGCUCUUCAAGCGGCCUGUCGGUAUGAAAUUGAGAGUUACGAAUGACAUCGAACUGCUCGCGACUUCAGCAGCGGAGAGAAACGAUACCAGCUCGGCAAUUGUGCUCGUUGCCGGAACUGGAUCGAUUGCCAUGGCGUACGAGCGUCAAGGAGAUCGAUUCAUCCGCAUCGGAAGGUCAGGAGGUUGGGGCCAUCUUCUCGGCGAUGAUGGUUCGGGCUUCGACAUUGGGCGACAGGCGCUCCGUCUUGCUUUGUCCGCGGUGGACGAAUUUAACAAUCACAGGCGCAGCCUGGACGCAGACAGCCUUUUCAUGCCAACUCGACUCGUUCAACGAAUCUUUGACUCUGUCUGCCCUAACGGCAUCGACACACUCGAUUUGGAUGUGCUGAGCGCCGUAUUGUCGUCCGCUUCAGACGUGGAGAAGAAGAAACAGAUCGCCCGCCUUGCCCGGGUUGUGAUCGAUUCAAGUACAGACGAUGCGCAGGCGAGGAAUAUUGUCGAGAAGGCUACAAAUAGCCUGGUUCAACUGCUUGAUCCGCUCACGCGAUCUGGACAAAUUGACGUCGCAAAAUCUAGUUUGGUGCUGGCCGGCGGUUUAAUGCAAAGUAAUAUCUUCGCAGACGCAUUCAAAGAGGCCUUGCAUGCCGUUGCGUUCGACUUCAAGCAUGUCGAAGUGGUCAAUCAACCAGCGGUUAUCGGCGCUGAGUACUUGCUGCGAAUGCAGAAAGGCUGA